UGCUGUGAAGAGCGUGGAACACUCUGAGGCCAUCUUCAAAAACAUUCAAGAAAUGAUAAAAACCUCUAUAUUUCUGAAACAGCAGCUGAAGUAUGGUGAGAUAAAGAACAAAUCAAAAAAAGAAUCAACUAGUAGUUCAGUUUAUAAACGAUUUUCCGCACAUUUGACGUUGGAUUUGCCAGAACUACCUGAUUUUAGUGGUGUUAUGCGUGAAACAAGCCAGCGUGUUGAGACUAUGAUGACUUCGACAAGGGACAGCCAUCCUACGCAAAGUACUACUGGUGAAUUGCAGAGAUCACAUACAACACUCCACUAGAAGGGGAUCUUCAAGUACCUUAUUGCCAAUAUGCACAACUCUAUUGCAUCACUAGAAAAGAAUUGCUCAGAGCUCAAAUAUGAAUUUGAGUCAACCAAAGAGAAGAAUAACACACAAAUAGCGGACAUUAAUAACUCAAAACCUCCCUAUAGUUAUGUCGCACUCAUCGCCAUGGCUAUUCAGAAUUCACCCCUUAAACGUGCUACACUUAACGAAAUUUACAGUUACAUUACAACGCGUUUCCCAUAUUUCGAACAAAAUAAAAAAGGUUGGCAAAAUUCCAUACGACACAAUUUGAGUUUGAAUGAAUGCUUCAUCAAGGUGCCACGUGAGGGUACGGGCGAAAGGAAAGGCAAUUAUUGGUCUCUGGAUACGCAAUAUGAAAAUAUGUUCGAAAAUGGCAACUAUCGAAGGAGAAGAAGAAUGAAGCGGCCUUACCGUUCGGUGGGUCAUUUUCCGAAAUUGCUGACGGAUGCCUGCCCAUCGAAAUUGAUUUUCAAUCACACACCUUGUCAGACAUACUACAGAUACAACACAAAUACUCAAUGGAUACCCACACAGCCUUUGUCUACUUACUGCCCGCCAGCAGUUAGGAGUACCUUUCCGAAUAACUCAGCGACAAGUUUCUCACCGCCUUUAUUGGGUGCGAAUAACUACAACAGCAUAAUGAAUCCGGAAGGAAUUUCUACCGACAGUGUGAAGCUGCCAGAUUCAUGUCCAUAUCCAAUUUGGAAUACGAUUCCUGAUUUGAUGAUAAAAGAGGAGAUUACAACAGCAGGCCCUUGCGAUGCUACAUUGAUAGGUUGUCAGAAGCAGUAUGCUUUACAUUAAUGAAUAUGAUAAAAUUGUGCAUAAAAACAUAUCUACAUAGGUACAUAUUAUACAUACAAAUGUAUAUGUAUGUAU